CGUGUGAUGAUGCUGCGAAACACACAAACAAGAGAUCAAACAUCACCGGGAGAGUGAAAAGAGAGAGAGAGAGAGAGAGCGAGAGACCGAAAGUUAGAAUGUGCAAAAACGACCAAACGGCAUGGCAACACUGGCAAACAUCGGCGUUAGUGUGCGAGCCACGAGAGCGUACUGGCGUGCGAUGGCAGCAAGCCGCCACGGGACGCGGGCGAGAGAGAUAAAUACUUUAAAUUGAAUCAAUUUUGGGGCGCGUACCACCACCACUACCACGGAAACACACACACACACACGUAAAUCGCACACACAAACACACAAACCGGGCAAUAGAGGUAUAACGUUGUAAUGUUGGUGUGUUGGCGGGCCCCCCCGCCAUUAUUACAAGCCCUCAGCCGUAGUAGGCCACGCGUCUACGGCUCCGGUGUGUGUUGGUGUACUUCACGAGCGUAGUCGGCCGUGCCGUGCGAUGUAGACUGGUGGAGGCCGUGGUAGCUUGUGCGCUUGUGGUUUUGCGGUUUUGUGGCCUCGAGUGAAAAAAAAGCCCCCGAGUGUAGUGUGCAAAAGCGGAGGUUGCGGAGGGGAGCCCGGUUCAUCGCUUGUAAGAAAAGCAGUGUGGCAGGUGGCGUUUUCCCGACCUGUUGGUGUGCGACCUGUUUGGAGCUGCAGUUUUGACAGUUGUCGCUGGUAGUAGAAGGGCCGACCAAGCAACACAGCGUGUGAGCGAGGAAGUGAAGUAAUCCGUAAGAUAGCAUAGUAAAAGAGGCUUACAAGAAUCAGUGGAACGGAAACCGACGAAUCGACGAAACACCAGUGCAGCAAACCCAAAAUGUCCGGACCCGGGUCGGUAGUUGGAUCGGAUGAGGAGGAGCAAACGAAUUACCACACACCGGAUGAAACCGGCCUAACGAAAUCGCAAAAGGUGGCCCUGAUCGCGGCCUGGAGCAUCGUCAAGAAGGAUCUGGUUACGCACGGACGCAACAUCUUCGUGAUGUUCUUCGAGGAGUACCCACAGUAUCUGGACUACUUUGACUUUGGCGGCGGAAGUGCCGGUGAGCUCGGCGAGAACCGGUCCCUCCACGCGCACGCACUGAACGUGAUGAACUUUAUCGGCACCCUCAUCGACUACGGACUGAACGAUCCCGCCCUGCUCAAGUGUAGCCUAGGGAAGCUGGUGCGGAACCAUCGGAAGCGUAACGUCACCAAGGAGGAUGUCGCGGCCGUCGGUGGAGUUAUCAUGCGCUACUGCUUGAAGGCGCUCGAGCAGCAUAAAACGAAAACGCUCGAGGAAGCGUUCGGCGCGUUCCUGGGGACGGUUGCGGCCGCGUUCGAGUGAGCUCCGAGGUGUUCAGCGUCCUCAUCUUUAUCCCGAUUCCCGCCUCAUCAUCUCCAUCCACAUCAGCAUCAUCAGUCAGUGCAUGUUAGAGGCUGCCGCGAACAGAGCAACCAGUAGGAUCAGACCGAGACCGGAAACCCCAUUCCGGGGCAGGGAUUAUCUCGACUAGAGGUCGGGGUCACGUCCUUUUUAAGCUCUGCUAUAACAACCAGAACAAAAAACACACACACACUCUCUCUCUCUCUCUCUGUCGCGCUCUCUAUUUCUAGCAGAAAACACAUUCCUACGUGACGAGUCGUGUGUGUGUGUGAGGCUUUUUAUGAUCAGAGUAGAAUAAAAAUUUGAGUAUAGUAAGCUGA